GACAUUUUUCGUUGAUUUUCAAAUUCAAUGAAUUAAUUUUUCCUUAGAUUUUUUCGUAACCGGCGGUCAAUGCAUGGUUGCUAGCAUCUUGACUGCUGUGAUAUCAGGAUUACUCAUAUACGGAAUAAAGCAGAUCCGAUAUUCUAUGUUGGUGCCCUGGUUGGUGUUAAGUACUUUUAGCCUUGUACUCAACUAUUUCGGACUGUUGACAUACUUAUUGAGCUUUGUUGCUACAACUUCUUUAGACGACUUCGUAAUCUUCUUGCUCCUAGUAUUUUCUGCCGGUCCGUUUAGCUACAUUUAUUAUGUAAUAUACUCACUAUACACACAUAUGAAAAUGGAUUUCGGAAUGUGUCGCGUAUUCACUCCGCCACCAGCAGCAGAAGUACAAUUGAAACAAAACGAUCCUGCAUCUUAUAUCUAAUAUUAAUAUUACAACAAAACUUUCCCUCUGCAUAUCCGCCGAACGCAUAUACAACUACCUACCCCACCUUUAAUAAGGUAUAAGUUCGGAAAACCUCGUCUUUGUUGCAUGUAUAGCCACAUAUGGAAGCUUACUCAUCGUGAUUCCCAUCACCUUAAAAGGACACCAAAUAAGAGAAUGUCUAAUAUUGACGUAUAUUUACACUGCGAAUAUUUUUAUUAAUGUCACUUCUUAGCAUUUAAAAAACCUAAAGUCGAAGACCAACAAACAUAAUUAACUUACUCACUGCAUACUAACUAUAUUGUUAAGAUUCAAUUAAUUAAUAUUAAUAACACCAUUGUUUAUUCGUUUACCACAACAUUUAAUUAUGGCCUCAUGAACAUAGAUUUUAAAUUUAUAAAAAGAUUAGAAAUGUGACUCAAUCGCUGUUCAACAUUUCUGUGCACUUAACUUUCGUGGUUUUAUUCAUAUUGCAUAUACAUAUGUGUAUAAAUAUAAAUAUGAAA